ACAGCAUUUCCAACAGGGGGAUUCACACAUAGUUUAGGCUGUGAAGCAGCUCUUCAGUGUGGUUACAUCACAAACAAAGAUAACUUCAGAGUUUUCGUCAUCAGUUGUCUGGAAAAUGCAGGAUCCUUCUCUCUACCAUUUGUUCACGAAGCUCAUACAUUAUAUCUAGAUCACAAUGCACUUCUUCAUUUAGAUCGGUUGUACAACGUUUCAUUAGUCAAUCAUGUAGCCAGACGAGCUAGUCUACAGCAGGGAAGGUCACUGCUGACCACAUGUUGUAGAACAUUCCUCAUCACUCACUUGGAAACAUUACAGAAAUAUAUUGAUGAUGGAUCUAUACAAGGUCACCAGGCCGUGAUUUUUGGGGCUGUUUGUGGGGUGCUUAAAAUCCCUAUUUCUGAAGUGCUUUACAUGUUCAUGUUUGGUGUGUUGCGCACUCUAGUGGCCAGCAUUGUACGCCUUGGAAAAAUUGUUGGUUCCUUAGAGGGUCAAAGAUUUCAAUAUGAAAUGCAGAGAAUUAUCCCUGAUAUUGUUGCAAGGUAUGUUUACUGAUGUUUUUAACCAAGUAGAA